CGACGCUCAGUCUCGUCUGUCGCAAUCCAGUGCAGAUAUACGUGCAAUUACCCUGUCAACAGUGCUUAAAAUCUCUUCUAGUGCUUGUGGCGUUGCUCUACACUUGGUGAUCGAUAACGUUCGUCGACUAACACGGCAUCGAUCGUCUUAAUAGUUCGCGCGUUACGGUUCGAAGAAGUGAAGAUCGCGUGUCGCGGCCACGUGAAGGAAAAAUUAAGCGAGUCCUCGCGGUUCGCGAUUCGAAUCGCCGCUGUCGCCACCACCGCAUCGUCUAACGGUUUCGCGGAUCAGUCGGUAUCCACGCUGCGCACAGUGAGUUUGACGUUUCGUACGGGGACAACGUGUGGUGACGUUUGGUUCGGGAAAGAGUGGCGUUCAUCGUGUACCAUGACUAUUUCGUGAGACCGGUGAAAGUCAGUUAUCAUCGAUGCAUUGUCAAAGAUUUCAAUGCCCUCCGUGUUUUCGUAAAUAGCGCGAAAAGUAUCGCGUGUGGUGUGUUAUUGUGUGAACGAAAGACCAGUGAUCGAGAGGAAGAACGACGUUAUCCACGGAUUCGAGAUGACUCGCCACCUGUGGCUAAGAGCGGUUUUCGCUUUCUUCAUGAUAUCAGGUGCGAGCUGCCUGCGGAAUGUCAGCCUAGAAGUAGUUCCGGAGAUAGCGGAACGUGGUCAGAAGGUGAUUCUCCGCUGCCAUUACAAUCUCGAGGAGGCGCCCCUUUACUCCCUCAAGUGGUACCGCGGCAGGUACGAGUUCUACCGUUACACACCGAGCGAGGAGCCGUCGACCAAGAUCUUCAAUGUUACCGGGAUUUACGUUGACGAGGAGAACUCGAACAAGAGCCAGGUAACCCUGCGCGACGUCAACUUCGCCCUCUCGGGUAAAUUCAGUUGCGAAGUUACGGCGGACGCGCCGACCUUCUCCACGGCCAGCGGCUCGAAGAAUCUUACAGUAGUGUCUCUGCCCAAAGUGAAGCCUGUUAUCGUAUCGGAACGUGAACGUUACGACGCCGGAGACACUUUGAGGGCAAAUUGUAGCUUACCACCCUCCAAGCCACCGGCUCAUCUCUCAUUCACCCUGAACAACGUGGCGGUCGAAUCGCAGACGAGACACCAGCCGCAACAGAGGUGGGAUCGUAACGAUGCCCACUCAGAUCAGGAGGAUCUUCAGUGGAUCGAGAUCAGGAUGAAUCUUCAACCGUUCCAUUUCUCGAACGGCCAGCUGAAUUUACAAUGCAACGCCCAAAUUCCGGGCGUAUAUUCGAAGAUGAGCGAGAUCCAUUUAGGCGGUGGCCUGCGUGAACCUGUUCCGGAGAGAGUGACCUCCGAGAACGGAAGUGAAGCACCUACUGCCAUCUAUAUGACGAUGCUGAUGCUGUGUAUGCUCCAGCUGUUUCUGAGAUAGUCACGAUACGCCUGAGGCCACGGGAAGGGAAUCCAUGGGCGUCGCACGACAAACAGCGCACUAGUCAAAAGGAGGGGCAGGAGGAAAGGGAGAGAGGGUAGUUUAAGGGUUGGCCGAGCCGACGGUGGGAAAACAAAUAAUAAUAUUGUUGAAUCGGCAUUGAUAUUACGUGUUUUUUAGCGUACUCGGUUCGAUUUGUUCGAAGAGGAACGAUCACGCGAUAGCCAUCAUCGCUUUUAUUGUUACAUCCUUACGUACCCCGAUUAAUGACCCGUUUAUCAGAGAUCAAGACGAUGCAGGCCACUAUGACGGAUGAUUAUCGAUACGCUUAUCUCGAUUUAUCGAACGAUAUCAAACGAUUACUGCCAUGGUACAUACACGACUCAAAAAAAAAUGACUUUCUCGACUCGAAAUGAGUAGAUUUUUUCGAAGGAAAGUACAUUUAAUGGAAAAAAUGAUGAAAAAAUGCUCAAACCAAUCUCGUGUUGCACGCACGUGACGAACGAUUCAUCUUUUAGAGGGCGAUAUUGACUUUGAAGUGCAGCAUGCACUUUGGGGUUGCGAGAUCGGGUCGAAGCGGGAAAAUUCGGGCGAAAUCGAACGGAAUUUUGGACAGUUGAGUGACAGUCGGACCUCGAAUCAGACUCGACGGUCCCUUGAGGCCCAGUUGUUAGAGCCCCAGUUGUUUAACCGAUCGUAUCCGACUAUUGCCGAGUCGAUCCGAAUCCAUAUUGCCACUUACACGCUUCUGUGUCGUAUUUGUCCCAAGCGGCACGGAAAAUAUCCGAAGUACAAUGCGAUUUUGCGUCGAAAUUUCUCGAUCCUUCGACAGGAAACUGUAAUCUCGUGAUCUUGCACGAUUCAUUCUUCCUUUUGUUUUAAAAUCAAAUCUAUAUACAUCGUGUUUAUAAAUUAAGACGAAAAGAAACAAAUAAUUGGCCAGAAAUAAGAGAACUUGAUUCGAGAAAAUUCGUAAAAUUUUUAACAAACAAAAAAGGAUAUCCCAUUACUACAUACAUGCACUCCUAUUUUCGUCUUUGAUAAGAGGACACGAUCGAAUAUCCUGGCAUUAUUCUGGUUAAAGAUGCGUGUCACACCACGCUCUACGUCAUUCCAUCGUGUCUAUUCAACCAUUGUCCGUGAGCCAGAUGAAGGACCGAGGAUCGAUCCUAUGAUUUUGAAGGGUUUAAUCAAGUGGCGCUCGCUAGACUCCCAAUUUCUCCUUUCCCUCUUCUCUUGUGUGUCCUAUGGAGAAGAUGCCUAUCCGUGUUUCAUGUCGUAACUACGAGAUAUUGGCGGGUCGAGAAUUCUUGUGAGUGACGCGAGUAUUUAUAUACACGCUUUGUUAUCGUGAAGUGAGAGAGAAAGAGAGAAAGAGAAGGAGAGAUCGUUCGGGAAACGCGUAAUAAUCGAGCUCGAUGGAAUAAUAAUAAUAACGAGAAUUAAUUUUUGAAUUGAUUUAUUUUAUACGAUAUAUUGUUUGCGCGAUAGUGUAAAUUUGAUAUAUGGAAUGAUUGAAUGCAAUGUUUAAAUAUUGUAAUAAAUUUUCGAUCUAGAAAGAAACAUAUUUUUUUUUUCCCUUAGGAGAGAGUAUGAACAAGUAAUACGAUUUACAUAAUUUAAGGGAAUAUUUAAGGAGAAACAUUUUCUACUUGUUUUUUUUUUUCGAAAUAAAACUAUUUGUAAAUAUCUUGAAACAAUUUUUAAUCAAUCCAUAUAUUACCUACUAAUCAAAAGUGUUAAACGAAUUGCACGAUUGUUACAAAUAUUAUAUAAUUUCACUAAUUUAUGCUGCUUUAAUUAUUUUUCCAAUUUAAACAGGGAAACGAAUGUAAAAUGAAACCCUGUAUAAUAUUACUCCUAUAUAUAUAUAUAUAAACUUUGUUAGGUUCAAACAGCAGGCAAAGAGCAAAGAAGAAAAAUCAAAGAAAGGAGAGGGCAAUAAUAAAAAAUUACGUUGCGAAUCGUUGCACGAAAUGGAUCGAAGCAUAUGGUUGGAAAAAUAUUCUCCGAAAAACGCGUGAUAUUUUCUUACAUUUCAUCCGACGCGAAUUUCACUCGAAUAUUUCCCUGUUUACCAUCGUAUAACUUGUGUCAACAAUCAAGCUUCUCUUUCGCGCAAAAUGUUUCGUGUAAUACGAAAAGUUUGCCGUAAAUAUGCCCUGGUCAAAGAGGAAAGUAAUCGAUAGCGGAAGGAUGGUGAAAUUAAAGGCAGUGGUUCUCUCCACCUGUCUUUCUUUUUUUUUUUUUUUUUUUUUUUUUUUUUAAGAGAAUGUAAAUCCGCCAAAGGAUUCCCUGUGUCUUAUAAAGCGUCCACAAAUAGUAUCGCGCUUCUACAGAUAGAAAUCGCUCGUGUUAUUCCGUGGAUGUGGCAAUGUUAUUUCUUUUUAUCCAUUGGAUACAAACCAGAAUCCUUGGCAAAUUUCACGAGCAUUUACGCGAGGCGUAAAGAGAUAUAAGGAUAGUAUGAGAGAGAGAGAGAGAGAGAGAGAGAGAGAGAGAGAGAGAGAGAAGAAAGAGAGUUUUUCUACGAGAGCGAACGUAUCGACAACAGGUAAAGCUACACGUAUGUGUCAAGCAAGAUGAAUUGACGUUAAGCAUGUAAAUUCAGAAGUGUAUAUAAGGAUCGGGAAAAUAUCGGUCGACGAAGAAGUAUCGCGAAAAUUGAUGGCAGGGGAGUACGCGUCAAAAUUCUCCAAGGAGAAUACGCUUCUUUACGAUUUUCUUUCCUUUUUUUUUUCUUUUUUGCACGUAAAUCAUUUGGGUUCAUAACGAAAACGACACUUGUCAAUUCUUGGGUUUUUGUAUCUAUGGAAUAUUUAUGAAUAUUUGUUGGAACAUUCUUUAAUACCGCAUUAUUUUCCGUGUCUCAUUGUUAUAUAAUUUGGUAAUCUUUAAUAAAAAUUGUAUAUCUUUUUAUUAGUUUUAAAAGAGUUAAAAAGGAAGAUAUUAUACACGAUAAUAAAUAUUUGAUAUAUUUACCCAUUGAUUUUUGACAAAUCGGGAAAUUUCUAUGUAUAUUACAUAGAAAGAAAAUUACUUAAAGUCAAUAAAAUCACGAAUUUGUAUAUUUCAUGAUUAAUCUAGAGUUUUCGUUAUGAGCUUUCAAAUGUCACGAAUGUAUUUUAUAAUUAUUUUUCAAAGGGAUGCGUGCAACUAUAUUACACGUAAGAUUUAUAUUCUUUAACAGCUUCUAACAACGAAAAACAUUUGCUCGUUUCUCAUAUUUUAUUACGGAAAAGAAGUUAAUCGCGAAUGGAACGAAUUUUUAAUGAAAUAUAUCGGAUAAAUGUUCUUUUCCUUUUUUAUAUUAACCAACAACGCGGCGUUGUGCUUACACCGUGCACUAUUUCGUAAAUUCUGUUUCUCGUUCGUACAAUUGUAUCUUUCUUUCCGCUAUAUACCGAAGGUUACAAGCGGCACACGGCUUUGUAUGUAUAGAGUUUCCGGUAGAAGGCAGCGUAACAUACUGGUAGAUAUUUUUCCGCGGGGAAAAAAACUUGGGGGAAAAAAUGAGGGAUGAAUUUUUGUAAGUGUACAUGCGGCUUUUUCGAGAGAGGUAACGUUGAAUGCAUUGUGAGUUUACGGAAACAUGGAUAAAUUGUAGAAUAGUUACCAGAAAAUACUCUGAUGUACGUUCAGCUUACGAGGAAGUAAUGCUACAAUGUUGUAACGAAUAACUGCCAUGUUACAAAGAACGAAACAUUAUUUGUAAAAUUAAGUUGAAAAUAUCAUUUAUACUGAAGAAAAAAAGGAAUUAGCGCGUUUGACAUUCAAUGUUUUGAAAUACCAAAGAUAUUUGUUCCUUUUAUAUCAUAAGUUAUUUUAUUUUUUCCCCCCUUUUUGAAUACGAGAUUGCUUUAACAUGAUUGUAUGUAAAAAAAAAAAAAAAGAAAGAAAGAAAGAAAAGAAGAAGAUUUAAAGGAUAUUAAUUAAAUGCUAUUGUUCA